CAAGGGACGGUGUUCGCGGGCACCUGCUGCGCCGACGGCCAACUCUGCUCUCUGGACUCAAAUGGAAAAGCCGCGUGUUGUCCAUCGGGCGCCGUAUGCACCGGGACAGUAGCGUCCACCACCGGGGGCACCCCAACAGCGUCCUUCGUGACCAACUCCCUUUACGCUUUCCCCGCCAUUCCGACCUCGUUUAGUAACGCGGGCCAAUGUUCUUCCGCUGUCAACGCCUGCUCAAGGAACUACGAGUCGUGCACGUCCGGGCUGGUCAGCGGCACGGGCGGCUACGCCGUUACGGUCGCCGUCCCGGGAGGGGGAGGGACUACGGUGGCGCCCACCCACGUCACGAUACCCAUCGAGAGCGCGACGUCCGUCUGCUCGAGUUUGUCGUCUAAGGCGUGCUAUGGGAUCCAGAGUAGCGUGUGUACGGUCACGGGGACAACGGGUGUGUUUAAUAUCGGCACCGAGAAUAUGGCCUCGAGGCCGACGGCUGCCUGCAUGGCA